AUGCAUAUUCUGGUAACAAACGACGACGGUCCUCCGUCGAAUCAAUCGUCUCCCUAUGUUCAUUCAUUGGUUUACUUCUUGGAAAGCGCUGGCCAUACGGUCUCGGUAAUACUUCCUAAUCAACAGCGGUCAUGGAUUGGCAAAGCACACAUCGUAGGCGCAUCUGUGAAGCCUACGUAUUUUCGCCCGGGAACGCUACACCAAGAUGACGGCACCGUUCACCCCCUGCCUCGGAGCAGCGAAGACGAAGAUGGAGACGAAUGGGUGUUGAUUGAUUCGACGCCUGCCACCUGUGUCCAGAUCGGACUAUAUCACUACUUCCAAGACCGGGGGCCAAUUGACCUGGUUGUCUCCGGGCCCAACUACGGCAGAAACACAACUGCUCUUUUCGCGUUAUCAAGUGGGACACUAGGGGGUGCUAUGGAGGCUGCAGUAUCAGGCAAGAAAGCUAUUGCGCUCUCAUAUGCCUUUAGCUCCAGGCACCACGAUCCAGUGGUCAUUGCGGAGGCGUCCAAGCAUUCAGUGCGGAUAAUAGAAUACCUACAUGCCAAUUGGGAUAAAGCGGUCGAUUUAUAUACAGUGAAUGUGCCCCUCGAGCCCGGCAUGAGCAAGAACAAAAUUUUAUAUACAAAUAUGCUUGACAACCGCUGGUCGUCCGGGAGCUGCUUCGAGGCAACUGAUGCAUCUGCUUCGGGCGACGAGCCCGGUCUUCAAGAGCAGAGUUUACGAGAAAAGAGCGAAGGCCAAUUGUCUGAGGAUUCCUCGCAGGGAUCAACUGUUCCGAAAAAGAAGUCAUUACUACAGCACAAGCACUUUAAAUGGGCGCCCCGAUUGACAGACGUUUACCGGAGCGUGGAAGAGAGUGAACCUGGGAAUGAUGGCUGGACAGUAAAAGAGGGAUUGACAAGUGUCACUCCCCUCAAAGCGAAUUUUAUGCACGCAGCGGGCAUUCAAGGAGAGAUCACGCUAGGACUCAAAACAAAUGAUAACGUCGACUUUUACUGCAUUCUCAAUUAUGAAGAUAAAUACGUUCAGCCUUUACUUGAAGAAUUGUUUAAUGUCCUUGUGGACAAAAGUCGCUGCACAAUCAUCAAGUCAAUAGCUGAACUGCCCGAUCCUUCUCAACGGGUGCUGCAGUAUCGAGCCUACGAGGACAUUGACUUUGAGCAUAUCAUGUCACAUCCGCUGACGUCUCUGACGAAUUCCUUCGUGAUUCGAAAAGCUCUCAUUAGAAAGCACUACCUUUCCACGACUAUCGCAAACUGGACUUCGAAAUAUCCUGAAAGCAUUCUGAAAACCCAUUUUAAACCAGCAUUCGACUUUGAGCUGGAUUUUGCCGAAUUUCUCGAUGAGGCCUUACUUGAAGCCUACGAACUGCGUGAAAGUCUGGAGUUGAACGAGACGAAACCAGACGACAAAAAGGAAUGGUGGAUCUUGAAGCCGGGAAUGAGUGAUCGGGGACAGGGCAUCCGUCUUUUCAACAGUGAAGCCCAACUCCAAGAAAUAUUCGAAGAGUGGGAGGUCGACGAAGAUACGGUAGAUGAGGACGAGAACCAAGACACCACAGAAGAUGAAUCAGGAUCGAGAUUAAAUCCGAAGAACGACCAAGGGGUUGUGACAUCUCAACUUCGGCACUUUAUUGCCCAACCAUACAUACAUCCACCCCUUCUUCUACCUUCAGCAUCUGGAAGGAAAUUCCAUAUUCGUGCUUAUGUGCUUGCAGUAGGAUCUCUCAAGGUAUACGUGUUCCGGGAGAUGCUUGCUUUGUUUGCAGAGAAGACAUAUAAGGCACCAUGGGAAGAAGAAGACGAUGUUCGAGAUUUGAGUAGACACUUGACAAAUACUUGUCUUCAAGAGAAUGGUAGCUCUGCAGAAGGCACAGUAAGACGCUACUGGUCAUUGGAUGACCUUGUUCCUGGAUUGGAGCCCGGAUGGAAGAACACAGUGUUCGAUCAAAUAUGUGCGGUCACCGGGGAGACAUUCGAGGCUGCUUCUCGAGGGAUGCUUGUACACUUCCAAACGCUGCCUAAUGCCUUUGAGCUCUUCGGACUGGACUACUUGAUAGACUCGACAGGAAACGCAUGGCUCCUUGAAGUGAACGCGUUUCCAGAUUUCGGGCAGACUGGGGAAGAGCUUAAACGUGCCGUCGUUGGUCGACUGUUUGAAGCGACGAUUAACAUUGCUAUAACCCCAUUCUUUGCUCAGACAACAGGCGCCACUAGUGAGGAUCCAGACAUGAGACUCGUCGCCGACCUAGAUCUUGGCCGAAAAGUAUGA